AGAACAUCGUGUCUCAAAAUGUCUAGUUUUACCAAAGUCGUGAUAUCCCUGCUCAUCCUGGCGGUAUGGGAUCCUUCCCACGUGAAAACUUCGAGAAGUGGGAGGAGACCUAAAAUUGGAAAUACCAUUUCAGGAGCAAAUUUCACAAUCGUUGGAGAUUUCCAAAUGUUGUCGAAUUCCCCAUCUUUUCGAACUCCCCGCCAAUACGGGAAUAAUUACCCCGGCGCCCCACUCAACUGCUACUAUUGCAAUUUAUAUUACGGCGGAAAUCAAGGGGGAGGAGGCAGACCACCCAGUUCCGGUUUUCCGAAUCCGAAUCCAGAUGAUGGUCAAGAUGAGGACACGGACGGGCUGGACCCAUUUGAAGAACAACCUGACGGAGAUCGUGUCUAUGGCGGAUUCUACUCCAAAUUGGGACAAUGGCCAUUCGUGGUCGAAGUCGAAUUAAGGAAUGACAAGUCCUGCACAGGAAUCCUGCACGAUGUCAAUACCAUCAUCACGGCAGCCCAUUGCGUGGUUUCGUCAAACGGCGUUGUCGCGAGGGACGCCGAUCUCUCCGUCCUGGCCGGAGCUAUAUCGAUCGGGAGGGGGAAACGUCGCUCCGUAAAGAGUGUCCAUCCACACCCAAAAUAUAAACCACCACAUUUGCUCUACGACAUUGCCAUUCUUAAAGUGGAAAAUCCUUUCGUACUCGGAAACACGAUUCGACCCAUCCCAACUCAACAAGCGACACGAUUACCGGCAGAGACCGAAUGUAUCCUGAGUGGAUUUGGCUAUGUUGAUGGGAGUAAAGAUGAAAAAAGGAGGGAUCAAACCUAUGCCCGUAUCAAGGUAAGAGUGAACAAGUUGUGUGCGGACAAGUAUGGAAGUAAGGACUACAACUCGAACCUAGCGACAUGUGGGGGUGGCCAUGGCGCAAGCAUGUGUUACGGUGAUGCGGGAGGUCCAUUACAUUGUAAAAGUCCGACCGGAUAUGGAAGAGUGUUAUAUGGCAUUGCGAGCUUCGCCAGUCCAGGAACGGAUAAAAAUCAGCCAUGCAACAAUAAAAAUGUAGGAGUUUUCACACGUGCGCCAUCUUUCGAUGGAUGGAUUCAGGAAUGCACGGCGGGAAAUUGUACGCUUGGAGGGAAGCCAGAAACGGACAACGGGAACGGCGGAAUGAUAGGUUACUUCUAGGUUACUUAAUUUAAUAAAAACGACGUCAGUAAUUUAUGAAUUUGUCGAUUAAUAAAUAAUUCAACCAAAUA